AAGCGCAGCAGAGAGCAGAGGCCGUGAGAGAGUCAGCGGACAGUAAACGACCUGCAGCCGGACGGACUCCCGACGGCACCACGAUGUACUCUCAGCUCUGUCCCGACAUCCUCUGGGUGCUGCUGCUGCUCCUCUGCCUCCCUGCUGCACACACAGCAAAGUGUCCACAGCAGUGUGUCUGUGACCAGAUCCAGCUCACUGUGAACUGCGUCAAUAAGAACCUGACCCAAGUCCCUCCCACUGUGGACGAGAUCACUGUGAAAUUGGAUCUCCGAGGCAAUGACAUCCAGGAACUUCCAACCGGGGCGUUCAAACACACUCCCUACCUGACUCACCUGUCGCUGCAACGCUGUAACAUCCGCAGAGUGAAGGAGGGCGCUUUCCGUGGCCUUGGUCGCCUCGUCUUCCUCAACCUGGCUAACAACAACAUCGACAUCCUCUACCAGGAGUCAUUUGACGGCCUGUCCUCACUGAAACAGCUCAUGAUCGACCGUAACCGCGUGGAAGAGAUCCAGCCUGGAGCUUUCUCUCAGCUCGGCUUCCUCAACCUGCUCUCCCUCACACACAACCAGCUGGUCUACAUCCCCAACAUGGCCUUCCAGGGUUUGCAGAACAUCAAAUGGCUUCGUCUCAGUCACAACUCUCUGAACUACCUGGACACCGAGGCCUUCGCUGGUCUGUUCACACUAAACCGCCUCAGUCUGGACCACAACGAGCUGCAGUUCUUCCCAUCUGAGACCAUGACCAGACUGCCAGAGGUGACCCGUCUGGAUCUGAGCUACAACCCAAUGACUUACCUUGGAGAGGAUGUGGUGUCCAUGGCCAAACUGACCCACCUUUUCCUGGACCACAUGUCUCUGCAGGACCUGGCCAAUACAGCUGUGUCCAAAUCCCCCAACCUCAUCCACCUGGACAUCAGCUACAACCAGCUGCGCGUCGUCCAGCCCUUCUCUGAAGGUUCACCCAACCUAGCACGCCUCAACCUGGCCGGGAACCCGAUCUACUGCAACUGCUACCUGCGUCCACUCAGAGAAUGGGCAAUCCGUAGUAAAGUGAAGCUGAUGGGAACAUGUGGAGGUCCGGCUCACCUCUCAGGAGAGAACCUGGAGGCCGUUCACCCUCCUGAGCUGCGUUGUCAGAGCCAAGAGGCCAUGCUAAAGGCAGAGUUUGAGGAAGCGACCAGGAACGCACCGCCACCCACAAAGGAGCCAGAAAACAAGGUCAAGUGUCCCGCCAACUGUGUCUGCGAGGCAGAGACUCACCACUCCUCCUGUGAGAACCGAGGUCACACCAAAGUUCCUCGGGGUUUCUCUCCCACCACUCGUCUCCUCGACCUGCGUGGAAACCACUUUCACUACAUAACCAGCAACAGCUUCCCCGGCGUCUCCCAGGUGGUGUCGCUACAUCUGCAGCGCUGCAAAAUGGCGGAGGUGGAGGGCGGGGCUUUCACUGGAAUGAAGGGACUGAUAUACCUGUACCUGUCAGAGAACGACCUCACGUCUCUCAGCCCUGAUGCCUUUAAAGGCCUCCCUCAGCUUACAUACCUGCAUUUGGAGAAGAACCGCUUCACCAGUUUCCCCAUAGGAGCUUUCAAACUGGUGCCCAGUCUGCUGGCGCUUCACCUGGAGAACAACACCAUCACCAAGCUGGAGGCAGACAUAUUGACUGGCGCAACGAGCCUCAGAGCCCUCUACCUUACCGGGAACGCCAUUGAGCAUGUGUCACCCAGAGCUCUGGACCAGGCUGGUGACCUGGAUACGCUCCACCUGGGCGGAAACAAGCUGAGCGAGGUGCCUACUGAGGCGCUGAGCAAGACGGGAAACCUCAGAGACCUGAGGCUGUCGGGGAAUUCUGUUCGCUGGGUGGGGCCCAAUGCUUUUCGACCGUUGGCAGGGUCACUGAAGGAGCUGUACCUUGAUAACAUGGGACUUGAGAAGAUGUCACAGAACUCCCUGGCAGGUCUGGGCCCAGGAUUGAGGAGUCUCUUUCUGGAGGGCAACCAGCUGGAGGAGGUGCCUAACCUUCACACUUUCACUUCUCUGGAGGUGAUCAACCUGGCCGACAACCCUCUGAUGUGUGACUGCCCUCUACUGCCUUUACGCCUGUGGAUUGAGAAAGUCAACCUGAAGGUACGAGCCACCUGUGCAAACCCCCCUGAGCUGAGGGGUCGCAGGGUCAAGGACGUCCACGUCUUCAAAGCCUGUCCAGGAGGAGAGAGCCUCCCCUCCGCCCCAACCGUCACCCCAAAACCUGCAAAGCCACCAAAGGCCACCAAACCCAAACCGAUGCACCUUCAGGGCCUUCGGCAGGUGAAAAUGAUGAAACCCAAAUCCAAAACACGCAAGGGUCCCAACACGAAACCAACAGCAGCCAAGAAAACCACCAAGACAGGAAUCAUGGCGUGAACCUGCUGCCUUUAGCUGUUUUGAGACUUCAGUUUCCAGUUAACUGCAUCUGAUGAGCAAGAGGUGGAACCAAAGAUUUCAAUUCUUAAACUGUAAACUCUCUUAGACCCGUCUCUGCUGAGGCUCCUUCACAUCUUUUGUCAGUCAAGUUUUCAUUAGUCAGUGUGUUGCUGUUUAAUCCACAAAUUAAAAAAGUUAUAUUCCUUCUAACAUCA